AUGAGUAUUCUCAAUUUUUUUCUAGGAAAUCUUUUGUUGAUUAUAUUUGUGAGUUAUUUUGGAACUAAACUGCAUAGACCUAUAAUGAUUGGUGUUGGAUGUGCGAUUAUGGGACUAGGUUGUUUCUUAAUAUCGCUACCUCAUUUUCUCAUGGACCGAUAUGAAUACGAAUCUACAGUUUCUGUCUCGAGCAACUUCUCCUCAUCCAGUUUCUUAUGCAUGGAAAAUAGAACCGAGACUUCCAGACCAACCCAAGAUCCAUCAGAAUGUGUGAAAGAAGUUAAAUCCUUCAUCUGGGUGUAUGUACUGGUGGGAAAUAUUAUCCGUGGGAUGGGUGAAACACCCAUCAUGCCUUUGGGGAUUUCCUAUAUAGAAGAUUUUUCCAAAUCUGAAAACUCUCCAAUGUAUAUUGGGUUUAUAGAAACAGGAACUAUCAUUGGUCCUUUGAUUGGUCUUUUGUUAGCAUCGUUCUGUGCAAACAUUUAUGUUGACACUGGAUCUGUAAACACAGAUGAUCUGACCAUAACUCCCACUGAUACUCGCUGGGUUGGCGCGUGGUGGUUUGGCUUUCUGAUCUGUGCAGGAGUGAAUGUCCUCACGGCCAUUCCUUUUUUCUUUCUGCCCAAAACACUUCCAAAGGAAGGACUAGAGGAUAAUCCAGACAUCAUUAAAAAUGACAAAGAGGAAAAGCAUAGAGCAGAAAUCAAAAAGGAAAGGCAGAGCAUUACUAAAGACUUCUUACCAUUCAUGAAGAGUCUGUCAGGCAAUCCAAUCUACAUGCUCUUCAUACUUAUCAGUGUGCUGCAGUUCAAUGCAUUUGUGAAUAUGUUCUCCUUCAUGCCUAAAUAUCUAGAACAGCAGUAUGGAAAAUCAACAUCAGAAGCCAUCUUUCUCAUUGGUAUCUAUAACUUACCUCCCAUAUGCAUCGGAUAUAUAGUUGGUGGUUUAAUGAUGAAGAAAUUCAAGAUUACUGUGAAGCAAGCUGCCCAUGUAGCAUGCUGGUUAUCCAUACUUGAGUACCUUUUAUAUUUUUUAACUUUUCUCAUGACCUGUGAUAAUUCGCCAGUUGCUGGCAUAACUGCUUCUUAUGAAGGAAUUCAACAAGAUUUAUCUGUGGGAUAUGACGUCCUCGCAGACUGUAAUAAAGUUUGCAACUGUCCGACUAAGAUAUGGGAUCCGGUGUGUGGAGACAAUGGCUUGUCCUACAUGUCAGCCUGCCUUGCUGGCUGUGAAGCUUCUGUUGGGACUGGCCUGACCAUGGUGUUCAAAAACUGUAGCUGCAUUCAAACAUCAGGAAAUGCAUCUGCGGUGCUCGGGCUGUGCUACAAGGGCUACACCUGCUCCAUGAUGCUCCAGUACUUCUUAAUCUUGUCAACCAUUAGCAGUUUCAUUUAUUCAUUAGCAGCUAUUCCUGGAUAUAUGGUUCUCCUGAGGUGCAUCAAGCCUGAAGAGAAGUCUCUUGGUGUGGGAUUACAUACAUUUUGCACAAGAGUAUUUGCUGGCAUUCCAGCCCCUAUAUAUUUUGGCGCUUUAGUGGACUCUACGUGUUUACACUGGGGAACUUUGAAAUGUGGUAAGCCAGGGGCAUGCAGAAUAUACGAUGCCACCAACUUCAGGCACAUCUACCUUGGAUUGCCUGCAGGAAUAAGAGGAGCAAGCUUUUUACCAGCCUUCUUGACCCUAAUUCUUUUGAGGAAACGUCAUCUACCUGGUGAAAGUGACUCUACAGGAACUGAGCUGGCAGAUGCCAAGGCUACAGAACACGAAAAUGAGUGCAAAGAUGGAUGUCAGAAUCCCAAGGUCCCGAAAGCUGGAGAACUGAAGACGAAACUGUAAUGCCCUGUUCUUUCAGCCUUCCUGCAGGUGGAGAAAGCAUUGUACAUUUUAAUUAUUUAAAAAUCAUUAGCGGCACUGCAGUUAACUUUUCUCGUCUUUGAGAACCUCAAACAUGGCUUUAUUAAGAUAAAAAUAGUCACUGACAAUAUUUCUGAAAUUUGGCAGUGUCACUUGAUUUUCCUAGGAGAGCCACGGCCAAUCCUUAAAUGGGACUUUAGAGUUAGCAUUAUUUUUAUUUUAAAACAUCAAUUCAUCUUUGCAUUUAUUAAAGAGAGGGUAUGUUUUCCACCCCACUUUUUCCAAGUAGUUCUAAGCAAUUUCUAUCUUGAAGCACCCACUUAAUCUUUCUGAGUUAGUAUUUUGAUACUGGAAUUAUUCACAAACUGAACUAUUAUUAUGAACUCUGAAAUUU